AGAAGGGCUAGCUUGGUCGCCAUUAAUAAAAUAAGGAGUGUGGAAGAGUGUAACUAUUGAAUGACAAUUAGCAUUGGGAAAUUGCAAUGGCUUACAUGAGUAUGGGGGAAGCACAUAGAAGGAUCACAGAGUAUCUGAAUCGCUUUUCCGACGCGGUUUCUUCUCAAGACGGAGCUUCCUUCAAGUCUCUCUUUGCUCUCUCCUCCAACUCUCACUUUCUUCUUUCCCUCUCUGACGCUCUCAAUCUUUUCCAAGAUGCCAACAGACUCAUCAAGCAAUCCGACAACUAUUCUCAGUUCGCGGACAUCCUGGUUCCUCUGUUCCGAUCCAUCCAAUACUACAAGCAAGGCAAUUCGCUCGAAGCCUAUAACGCUUACGAAAAAACCGCCAUUGCGUUUAUACAGGAGUUUCGCAAUUGGGAAUCUGCGUGGGCUCUAGAAGCUUUGUAUGUUAUUGUAUACGAUAUUAGGGUUCUUGCGGAGAAGGCUGAUAAAGAAUUGGCUUCGAAUGGGAAAUCCCCAGAGAAGUUGAAAGGCGCCGGUUCCCUCCUUAUGAAAGUUUUUGGCACCCUAGCAGGAAAAGGCUCUAAGCGUGUCGGAGCAUUAUAUGUAACUUGUCAGUUAUUCAAGAUUUACUUUAAGCUCGGCACAGUUCACCUUUGUCGCAGUGUAAUAAGAAGCAUUGAAACAGCACGCAUAUUUGAUUUUGAGGAAUUUCCUACAAGAGACAAGGUCACUUACAUGUAUUAUACUGGUCGUCUUGAAGUUUUCAAUGAAAAUUUUCCUGCUGCUGAUAAUAAAUUGUCAUAUGCCCUGAAGCAUUGCAACCCUCAAAGUGAAGCCAAUAUAAGGAUGAUUCUUAAACAUCUAAUUCCAGUGAAGCUUUCAAUAGGCAUAUUACCUAAACACAGUCUCUUGGAGAAGUACAAUCUACUUGAGUACAGUAAUAUUGUUCUAGCUCUAAGAAGGGGUGAUCUUCGACUUCUCCGGUGUGCACUCCAAGAUCAUGAGGACCGGUUCUUGAGAUCAGGUGUAUAUCUUGUCCUAGAGAAGUUAGAACUUCAAGUAUACCAGAGAUUAGUAAAGAAGAUUUACAUCAUUCAAAAGCAGAAGGACCCAAGCAAAGCUCACCAGGUGAAGUUAGAAGUUAUCGUUAAAGCAUUGAAGUGGCUUGAAAUUGACAUGGAUGUGGAUGAGGUAGAGUGUAUAAUGGCCAUUCUGAUAUAUAAGAAUCUCAUGAAAGGUUACUUUGCGCACAAAAGCAAAGUGGUUGUAUUGAGCAAGCAAGACCCGUUCCCUAAGUUAAAUGGAAAACCUGUCAGUUCAUAGGGACAACGUCAUUAAAGCGCUGCUUCAGUUUUAAAGCAAGCUAAAUAAUCUUGUUCAGACGAUGCUAACUCUUGCAAGUGGGAUUGUAGUUUAGGUUCCGCUUGCAGUGUGGUAUGCUGCAAAAAAGUUCUGACAGUGAUCUUUUGGAUUGUGUUGUAUCCUAUAAUUUAUUUUAGUAACAUAGCUUACUUAAUGACUAGGUAGACUGGUGAGCUAGCUCAGAAAAGUAAUAAAAUAAAUAUAUAUAAAUACAAAAAACUGUAGAAGAUGCUGACCUCAUUGUAUUAACCUGAUCUUUUGGAUUGUUUAUUGUUUAUUUU